CUUUCAGUCCUCCGAUAGGUAACGAGCCUUUCCAACAGAGCAACAGUGCUCAAACCUAAACAUUCCUUUCUUCUGAGCCAAGAUUCACACGAGAAUAUCCACAUACGCAUUAUUGCAUCUUUUAAUUGUCGAACCCCAGACCAUGCGUUGAUCUGAAUAUUUCUUUUUCCUUACAGGUGCGAAGAUGCCUCCCACGAUUGCGCGCCGAGCGCCUUACAAAGACUUCCUCCAGCCUGCCCUCCAGAGACGAUUUGCUUCGACUACCGGGGUCCUGCUAGGGCUGGCUUAUGUUGAAAACUUCUUGCUAACCACCUGGGAUAACCUUCUAUGGCCAUGGUUUCCAUUUGGGCCCGCAGGUAUUCGUACCUUAGCUAUAUUUGGCUGCAUCCUCCCCAUCAUCAUCUUGCGGAUUGCUCAUGCCCAUAUCGGUAUUCGGACGGCUAAUUCACCCUUCGACACCUUCCGUCGUUAUGCAUUUUCUUUCGCCACGAUAGAGACGAUAAUCACCUUUGCUAUCUCCGCAUGGCUGUUCAGCCAAAUAUACUUGAUCUCGAUCCCAACCAGUGCAAACCUCGGUUGGAUCACCUACUACAGCGGGGAUCGCGCGCGGCUAAACGAGCGAGCAUUGUUCUAUACCGUGAAUAUUAUCAUCCUAGGGGUCGUUCAGGGUGUUAUCCACGUGUCCAUGGAUUAUGACCGAAUGCUUCUAGGAAUGGUGAAGCCGAAACGCGAAGGAGAAGAAAAUACCCAAGUAGCGAGCGGUUGGGGGCGGUUAGCCGAAUGGAUACCCAUAAUCGUUGUUCGCGCCGGGAUGCUCUCGAUAGCUGUUGCUCUGGCCAACUACAUCGUACUAUACCAUUUCCUCCGACCCUCUGCCUGGAGCUGGGCUUUGUCCUUUUUCCGAUUGUUCUAUAAUCUGCCGAAGUCCAAUAUCCCGCCUUCUAAAGCCCCGUGGAGUAUUUGGAUGUUAUCGCGAUCAAUAUGGGCAGGGUUUUUGCUGUGCCUUAUGUGGUACUUUGGCGACAUGAUUUUCAGGUUACAGCUUGGACGAGCGCCUCUGAAAAAUGGCCAGCCCCUCAGCGCAGAGUCGAAGGACCCUAACGGCAGUCUAUUAAAUGGACUACAAAGCAAAAAGCCACGCAUAUCGGCUUUUGCCAUGUGGGAAUUGGCAUUGAUCACAAGGGACUUUGAUAUCAGAAGAAGAAGCAUAUUCGAAGAUAUCGACCGCAAGGACGGCCCAAUGUGGUCACAGAUUUAUGCUACAUGCAUGGGCACAAUUAGAUCGGUAGAGCAAAGAAUCGACGAGUACGGAAAGCCACCAGCUCCGCCUCCUACACAGCCUACUACGGCACCUCCUCAACCACAGACCCGAGUUGUCCCACCCCCGAAGACUGAUGACGUUUGGGCGCCCGUACCAAGUUCGAGAGGUUUCCGCAGCUCCUUGGGCAAGUUCGUUACUAACGUCGCGACGUCUCCGGGGAAGACACCCGCCGAGGUCUACUUGCCGGAAGCGAAGAAGAAAGCGUUAGAGGCUACUGAGCAUCUACUCACCAAGGAGCAAAAAGAGGCCCUCUCACCCGAGGGCAUUACCUCGUUCGCACAAACUAUAGCACUCCGAUUCCUGAGUUUACCUACAGUUGGCGUGUUAUUCCAGCAGUUAUUCAGUCGCCGAUUGACUAGUACCGUGCUUGGCCAACCGUACGGCGAACUCAGCAUAUACGUAAACGCCGCCUACGCUCUAUCCAAGCUCGCAGUAUCGAGCUUGGCAGAGGACAAAUACGGCAAUGUCCAAAGGGAUGUGCCGGCCAUCAUACGGACGUUUACGGCAGUGAUCAGGAAGCUGGAGAAGUUCAAGGAUACGCUACCAAUGCACUGGACCGAUCUUAGGAAGAACCGGGUGUGCCCCGAGGUAGACGAGCUAUUGGACGCAUUGAAGGACGGACUGAGCGAGCUCAUCACGGCGUUUGGGCAGUACAGCAGCGACCUGAGGCUCACGCGGGCAGAUAUGAGAUUGGCGAGGGAGGCGGCGGAGAAGAAGAAUAAGACGCCGGAGGAAGAAGAGGGGGCGGCGGCGCAAGGACCGGGACGGGCCGCAACAGCAACUUGUCCGGCAGAGGCUCAGCCGCAGAUGCAGCAGGUGCGCUAGUGGCAGCGGCUGCUGGCGGCGAGUCUCGAGGGUAAAUUGACUGGGCUGCAUUACGUGUAAUAAAAUAAAGCAAAAUAAAUAGGAUGUAGUUGUGCGUACAACUUUUCACGAUAAAAAUUGUUUAAUGAAGAUGAAAAAAAAAAUGAGGAAAUAUUGCUUUCUUUUCAUGUUGUUGCUGAUUGGGCGUGAUGGUGCUGCGAUGUUAAAUAGCUUCUGCUCUGGAUACCUCUCAUCAGUUUGGUUUCAUUGGUCUUAAGUUCAUUAGGCCAGUUUCUUGAAUCCUGAUAUAG